AUGGCUUCGCGAAACCAGUGUCGGCGUUGCAAAAACAUCGACGCUCCGUACGACUUGCGGAAUGAUCCAACGUGCCGCGAUUGCUUCGUCGACUACGUUGAAACCAAGGGAGGACGUCGGCUGGGCGCCAUAGCCCGGGACACCAGGACGCCUGGGAGACCAGGGCCCCGGAGGUACUUGGCCGGGCUGUCCUUUGGACCGUCGUCUACUGCCAUGAUGCAAAUCCUCGACAGGAGCGCCAGAUUCCACUCAUCCAAGAAAUCUUCGCCCGCGUUUGAGCCACUGGCCGUCCAUAUCGACGCAGACUUGUCGCAUACACCUGACGAGAGUGACACCCCCGCACGGAGAUUGCUGUCCAGGCAUCGACAACGGUUUCCCAACGUCUCGUUUGAGUGUCUCCAUCUGAGUCGAAUCUGGACCGUCAAGACAAUAGAUUGGUCGUCGCUCUCUAGCGUGGCUCUGCAUGAUCCGAGCAUAAGCGACCCUGUGGAACGGCUGAGGAGGUUCUUUGAAAAGCUUCCUUCCGUGUCCUCGAGGGUAGAUGUACUCCGGCUCUUCGUACGGCACCUCCUCUUGCAUGUGGCGUUCGAGAGGUCUUACACCGCCGUCCUGUUUGGCCACACUACAACGGCCCUGGCCGCCCUUACUCUGACAGAAGUCGCAAACGGCCGCGGCUAUGCCGUUUCUUCCCUGGUAAAUGACGGGCUCUACGCAGUCCGCACACAUGGCUCGGCCACCUCAUCCUCUCAUACCGAGGGCCUCACUGAAGCCCAGAUGCCCAUAUACUACCCCCUGAGAGAAGUGUUCAAGAACGAGCUUACGACCUAUAUCAAUCUCGUGCCAUCAUUGAAGGAGCUGGUGCCGGAACCCGAAUCCUCUGCUGGGAGAGUCGUGUCUCACAAAGAUUUGAGCAUAGCAGAAGUGGUAGGCCGGUACUUUGAUGAUGUCGAAGCACCGUACUCCGGAAUCGUGGCCAAUGUAGUACGUACGACGGGCAAGUUGGACAGAGGGGCUGGGCAAGGCUUCUGUCACAUGUGCGGAAUGGCGUUGGAUGAGCGAGGAGAUGCACUUUGGGCCGGAGAGCUGGGCGAUGACGGUCUCGGUGCUCUCGACCACAACCAACCUGCUGGGCUAUGUUAUGGUUGCAAACGUACUGCCAGUGGAUAG